AUGAAAGAAAUUAAAGAUAUGAAAAAUAUAUUCACAGUUAAGUCACCUUCGAAGCCUGGGAUCUACAGAAGUGACUCUUCUUAUGUGAAUUUGUCUAUAUCCAAUUCGAAGAUUGUAAAUAUUGACGAAAGCGGAAAGGUAUUAUCGGCCGAAAACUCGAACGAAACGUUCGACGAAAAGACCUUGGAAAGAGGGUUGAAGCUGAGACACGUGCAAUUGAUUGCCUUGGGGGGAUGCAUAGGUACUGGUUUAUUCAUUGGAACCGGUAGUGCGCUUUCGCAAUGCGGAGCUGCAUCACUCUUUAUCAGUUAUGUAAUAAUGUCUGCAGUGAUAUUCUUUGUCAUGAAUAUGCUUGGGGAAAUGACGACUUUCUUGCCAUUACCUGGAAAUGGGGCACAAGCAUUUGUAAAUGAUUAUUUCGACGACUCGUUAGGGUUUGCGAUUGGUUACAAUUAUUGGUAUGCUUUCUCAAUGUUAAUUGCUUCUGAAGUCACGGCUGCUGCAAUUGUCAUACAAUAUUGGAACACGAGCGUUAAUAUUGCUGUUUGGAUAACUAUAUUUUUGGCUGUUAUUGUGGGGCUUAAUAUGAGUUCAGUAAAGUAUUUUGGGGAAGCAGAAUUUUAUUUUGCUUCGUUAAAGUUGAUUGCCAUCACAGGGCUCAUUAUCUUAGGGGUUGUAUUAUUUUUCGGAGGUGGACCUAACCAUGACAGAUUGGGAUUUAGAUACUGGGAACAUGGUGGUGCUUUCAAACAGCAUUUAACAGGGGGGGAUACUGGUAGAUUCUUGGGCGUUUGGACCGCUAUUAUUAAAUCAGGGUUUGCUUUUAUCUGUUCCCCAGAAUUGGUUUCCAUUGCUGGCGGUGAAUGUCAAAAACCAAGAAGAAAUAUUCCAAAAGCUUGUAACAGAUUUAUUUACAGAUUGUGCUUUUUCUACAUUUUUGGUACCUUGGUUAUCGGUGUGAUUGUCAAUUCCAACAGCAAUAGGCUUUUAAGUGGCGGUAGUGAUGCUUCGGCCUCUCCUUUUGUUAUUGGUAUCCAAAAUGCUGGAAUACCAGUUUUAAACCAUAUUAUAAAUGCUGUUAUCUUGACUUCUGCUGCUUCGGCUGGUAAUUCCUUCUGUUAUUCGGCCUCAAGAUCCUUAUACUCCAUGGCUGUCAAAGGGUUAGCUCCGAGUUGCUUUGCUAAAGUUAACAAAUUAGGAGUUCCUUACUACUGUGUUUUAGUUUCUUCGGCAGUAGGAUGUCUUGCUUACCUUAACUGCUCCUCAUCCUCUUCCAAUGUUUUCACCUGGUUCUCAAAUAUUGCUACUAUUUCUGGUUUUAUUAGUUGGAUUGCCGUCGGAAUGGCCUAUUUGAGAUGGAGAAAAGCCAUAGAAUACCAUAACUUACAAGAUAGAGUUACUUACAGAACGAUUUUACAACCAUAUGGUGCCUAUUUUGUGAUAAUUUUUAUCGGUCUCGUUACUUUGACUAACGGAUAUGCAGUUUUCUUUGAUUUCAAUGGAGCUGAUUUUGUUGCGGCAUACAUCACGUUCCCAAUCGUCAUAGUCUUAUACUUUGGCCACAAAAUAUAUAAUCGUACGGUGAACGGAGUAACCAGGUGGAUUAGACCAUUGGAAGAAGUCGAUUUAUUUACUGGCUUGGAUUUGAUCGAAGAAGAAGACAAUAAUACUCCUGAUAGAGUACCGAAAAACGUGGCAGAAAAGAUCUGGUACUGGGUCGCAUAG